CCUCGAGUACUCCCUUCCCGAAGAGCGGAAAGAGACCAGAGACACCUCGCCGCGACGGGAAGAGGGGAAGAAGGCGAUGGCGGAAGCAUCUCCGUCGCCUCUGGCGGCCGAGCCGGCGGCGCCGAGGCAGAACGGGAAAUCGAUCGCUGACAUCGCGGAGGACGUGCAGCGGACGGUGCUGGAGUCCCGAGACUCCGCCAUCCAAACCGCCCGUUCUCUCCAGCAGAACUCCUCCACCCAUCUUCGCUCCCUCCAGGAGUUUCUGAUAAAAAUGAGAUCUCAGUAUCAUGCAUAUGAAGAUACUUUCGUCAAUAAGGUCAAGGAUGAAGUCACGAGUGCAAGGGAACGUCCUGGAACAACUGUUGGGGUUUCUGUUGCAGCUGCCCUCCUCCUCUUACGGGGUCCUAGAAGGUUUCUGAUUCGUCAAACAUUUGGUCGACUUCAGAGUGAGGAGGCACAAUUUGUUCGAGCUGAGAAAAAUGUGAAAGAUCUUAAUCUUUCUGUUGAUUUGAUGAAAAAAGAAAGUAAGAAGCUGAUAGAAAGGGCAGCUCUAGCAGAAACAGAUAUGAAACGUGGCCUUACUGACCUAAAAAAUACGGGAAAUCAAAUCCAACGUCUUGCUAAAUCAAUCUACAAGGUUGAAUCGCAAGCAGGAGGUCUAAUGGAUGACCUACGUGAAAUUCCUGGUCGGGAGGCACUGAAACUUCGGGCUGAGGUUGCUUCAUUGGCAUCAAAUUUGAAGCAACAAAGAGUUGCAAUGGAGAAACGGAUAGUAAAGAUAUCUGAACUAGGGGUCGCUGUUUGAUUGUAGAGGAGCAUAAUGAGCAUCAGGAAAGCUUGUUGACAGAGUUAAGAUUCGGGUACCUGCCUUCUUGUCAACUAUUUGCAAGAGCUGACCAGUGAACGAGUUUUUCAAAGCUCGGAUUUUGCAUCCAAUAUGUUCUUUUGGUCUUUAAUUUUUGGAUACCUAAACUCUUACAUUGAUGCCUGAAAGACAACUGAUUUCACGAGGAUGAACGACUCUUUGUGAUGGACUGAAGCUGAAGUUGGCUUGUCGAUUGUGGUCAUCAGUGACAAGUCAAUGGACGGUAUUGAAGAUCAUCCGAAGCUUUAGCACAGUUCGCUCAUGACUUGCAUAAAACAGGCCGAUUGGUCUUUGUCAUCCCCCGUUAUCUAUAGUCGAUAUGAUGAACAAUCUGUUCCUGUUUUUAUUUUCCGUUCUUUAAGGAAAUGCUGAUUUAUACAAGAUUCCCCAUUUGAAUUGUA